UAUAAUAGUUAUUUUAAUGGGGGAUUAAUAUGAUUGAUUGUGAAGUUGCAACUGGCAACCUUUACUUUCGCUAAGGCCGUGUGGGAGAAUGACGUAGAAAUCGCACGUGUUGCGAAUUAGGAAGUGACAAUUCCUAUAGACGGAAUAUUUAGUUUGCUUUUUGUAAAAACAAAGAGAGAGAGAGAGAAUUUUAAUACCAUGAGCAACGAAGGGUUUGACGCUGCAUCUACACGGAGGUCACCACACGGGUAACUGCUAUUUUGUGAUAUAUACGGGCUGAGACCCAGCCUCUCACUAUGAAAAGGGAGGACUACCUGGAGUGGCCUGAAUAUUUUAUGGCGGUUGCCUUCCUGUCAGCUCAAAGAAGCAAGGAUCCAAGCUCACAGGUUGGCGCCUGCAUUGUGAGCCAGGAGAACAAGAUAGUGGGGAUUGGGUACAACGGGAUGCCCAAUGGGUGCAGUGACGACCUGCUCCCCUGGAGCCGUGAAGGUCCCGACAAGCUGAACACCAAGUACCCCUACGUGUGCCACGCUGAGCUGAACGCCAUCAUGAACAAGAACUCCUACGAUGUCAAGGGCUGCUCCAUAUACGUGGCCCUGUUCCCCUGUAACGAAUGCGCUAAGCUCAUCAUCCAGGCAGGUAUAAAGGAGGUGAUUUAUUUAUCAGACAAGUACCACGAUAACCCUGAAAUGACUGCCUCGAGACGCCUCUUUGACAUGGCGAGGGUCACAUGCAGAAGGAAGCCUGUACAACAAGGAGAGGACUCGCAGAACUUCACACACGCAGAGCAGAGGCGUGUUUCAACAUCCAGACGAUGGAGGCGUGAGGUGACAGUUCUACACAUGCUGUCAGUAUUUUUUACACAUGAAGAACAGUGAAAUUCAGCUUUGUGCUCUGCUGCCUGUCAGCUCGCGCUUCCCUGAACUACUGCAAAAAAAAACAAGGACGGUUUUGCUCGUCUUACGGUGGAGGUGUGUGGCUCAGUGAGUUACGCUGUUGUGCUCGUGGUCAGCAGAGCACCGGUUCAAAUCACGAUUUCACUGUUGGGCCAUUGAGCAAGACCCUUAACCCCAGUUUCUCCAUGGAUUACAUGACGCUGCUUUUUCAUUUGUACUCGCUUGAAUAAAAGUGUCUGGUAAAUAAAAUGCUAAUGCACUAUAUUCAGGUUGCAAGACAGUUGAUUUUUUUUAAUGGCUAGACGGCAUAGACAAACUGCCUCAUCAUACAGUACAUGUAUCACUGAUUCUAUCGCCUUUUAUCCAGUUUUAAGUGUUAUUCUUACUAUUUAAACACCUGUAACUUUGGGAUGUUGAAUCCAUGUAUUCUUAGCUAGAAGGCUCCUCUGCCUCUCAUUGACAUGAACAAUAAGCUUACAGUUGUAUCCGUCAGACUUUUGCUGUGGUUUACAGUGACACUAAAGUGGACUAUUUCAUCAUACCUUAACUCCCGUGAAAGGCUGACCUUUCAAAUGAGAUUUCAGCAAAUCAGCAGUACCAAAAUACUGCAGCGAUCUUAUUGAAGUCAAAACUCCUGGGAAAAUUUUGAAGGACAGUGCUCUGAAUCAUUGACAAUAUACUGUUCAAUAAUUUUACUCCAAACAAGUCAUAACUUAUCCCAAGCGACCUAGUGAUCUUAGGCGGCACCUAGUCAUUACAGGUCAUCGUCAACUUAUGGCCACGAUCGGUUCCGACUGACCUGUCGUAAGUGGAUUUGGUCAUGUCAGCCCUUAAUUUUUAUUUAUUAAAUUUUUUUUUGCAAAAAUGAUCACAUGUAUAGUAUACUGUAUCAUAAGAUUAUAUAAUUUUGAUGC